AUGAUGCCUGUCCGUUUCAGUUGGAUUUACUGUCUGGUGGCAUUUCUGCACUUUUCUUCAGGUUCUCGACUGCGGCAGGAAGACUCCCCCCCUCGCAUCGUGGAGCACCCUUCUGACCUGAUUGUGUCCAAAGGGGAACCAGCCACACUAAACUGUAAGGCAGAGGGACGUCCCACGCCCACGGUGGAAUGGUACAAAGAUGGGGAGCGCGUGGAGACCGACCGCGAGAACCCCCGCUCACAUCGAAUGCUGCUGCCCAGUGGCUCGCUCUUCUUCCUCCGCAUCGUCCACGGCCGCCGCAGCAAACCUGACGAUGGAGUCUACGUAUGUGUGGCCCGGAACUAUCUGGGCCAGGCCAUCAGCCACAACGCCUCCCUGGAAGUAGCAAUCAAGUCGAAGUACGGCAACAAACAAACCGAGUGUUGGCUAAGACUGAUGGAAUGA